CAUCUGUAGUCCCCAACGUCUCCCUUGGGUGUCUCAGGCCACCUGGAUCCAUCCUCUUCAUCAUCAGCACUCCCGUCUCGACCAAUGUAUUCUGGAAAACGCACCGACUCUGUUUCAUCGGCCAGCGAGCAGGGCAGCACACAUCACAGCAACGGAUCGGGCUCGCUCAUGCCGCCUGAUCCCAGCCGACCUCGGUCAUCGUCGAGCUCAAAGGCGUUGCUGACUAUGGCGUUGAUGGAGGCCCAAUCUGCGGUGCAGCUGGAUAAUGCGAACGACAUUCCCGGGGCAUUGGACGCCUACCAGCGGGCGGUGGCGCUGCUGGGCAGGGUCAUGGACAGCAGCUCCUCUGCAGACGAACAAGAGCGGCUCCGGACAAUCGUAGGUGGCCAGACUUGUCCUGCGUUUCAUGUUUUUCCCUGUUGAUGAUAUGACUACGAGGAUGGCACUGACAGCAUUCGUCUCCUAAAAUGG